AGUCACGUUAGACGUCCUUACGAAUCAAUCAUAUGUUGUUAUUGAAUCACUAUUGUUCUUGUUCAUUCGUUUAUUGUGACGACUUGUGCCUUUCUGUUGUGAGGAGAAGCUGUCAACGUAACUUUGGUGUCAGCAUUGAGUGUAUUUUCAUCUAAACGAUGCAGACCUGCCGGUUCAAAGUGCGGGACAGGACCGACGACUGGAAGUGUUGUUUCUGCUGCCAUGUCCGCACCGGCACCAUCUUCUUCGGAAUCUGGCACCUGAUGCUGCAUGUGCUGGCUUUAUCAGUGUUGGCAGUAGUGUUGAGACAUCCAGAAUUGAUGUCAUAUGACAGAGCUGUGGAUUUGAGGUCUGAUGUCCCCAAACCCACCCCGCUGUCAGAACUAGACCUCCACCAUGACACUGCAGAGAUACAGCUUACCCUGGGUCGGGAACAAGACAAACCCAUCAUCAUGCAGAACAACAUCGGUGGCCGCGCCAUCUACUAUCAGGACAUCAACACCUGUGUCAUCUUUACCUUCUGCACUUUCAUGAUUACACUUCUGAUGGUAUACGGAGCAAUCAAGGGCAAACCUGUCUACCUCCUGCCUUUCUUCUGCCUGCAGGUCUUCGACUUCUGUAUCUCCAGUUUAAGUGCUGUUGGUUUCCUGCUGUACAUGCCAAACAUGCAUGGCCUUAUCGCUCACAGUCCCAGGAUACCCUACCAGAAUGAGCUGCUGCAACUCAACGAGCAGUGUCUCUCUCUGCUGGUGCUUCUCACAUUUGUGAUUGCUCUGCUUGUUAAGGCUUAUUUCAUCGGAGUGGUUUGGAGCUGCUACAAGUAUCUUAUGCUCCGUGUGUUCCCCGGGCAACGCACUAUCCACUACAUCGACACCGAGAGCCUUCUGCCCAGCUACGAGGCUGCCGUCAAGAAAUACCCCACUCCUCCCCCCUCGUAUGCCACGGCCGUCCGCAACCAUCCACCAGCCUCUUCCCCCACCACUGAAACGCCCACUACCACCCCCGCCCCGGCCACGGACGCCCCCACCCAGCCCUCUCCUCCCCAACCCAUGUAAUACUUUAGAAGCUUCAACCGCUAAUUCAUUUCAUUGAAUGUAAAUCUUCAGUUUUUCUCAAUUAAAUUUCUGAAACAUAGUGUUGUGAUUUGUAUUAUUAGGGAUUAUACGUACUGAGUUAGGUGUUUAGAUUAUGGUUUAAAUGUUCCAUAUUAUUAUUUAGAUAAAUAUAUAUAUUUCAACUGUAUAAUAGGCAUAAAGUUUCUAAAGACAUUUAGGUGACUGAUGGACAACAAAGCAAUACGUACUAAUUAUAAUUUUUGUACGUACUAUGCAUCACUUUUUUAUGUUCAGAAAAUUAUUUUUCUUUUUCUCCUCGAUUUCAAAUACAUUAUUUAAAUUCAAAGCAAAUAAGAUUAGUUCAAGUUAUUAUUCACCUAACUAUCGUGCCUCAGAUUGAUUUGUAAAUAUAGGAGUAUACUUAUUUCUGGAAUUUUGCUAUUUACUUGUCAGUGCUAUUUGUAUAUAUUGUACCAGUACGUUAAUAUGUUUUUACUUUUUGUGUUUAUUUUAAUGUGUAAUUUUAUUGGAAGAUUGAUGUUCUAGCCCAAGAGUUGAACCAUUUGUUGUAGUGAUAAUUGGGGGUUAGAAGAUUUCUAAGAUCUUUCUCCAGUUACACAAACAUUCAUAUAUUCUUGUAAUUCAUGUUAGUUUAGAAAUAAAAAGUUUUAAACUA